GCUACAAAUGUGAGAUAAAUAGGUUUUCACUUCAUUGUCUUGUACCGGAUUGAGCAUUUCUUCCUGUUGCACAUCUGGGAAAUUGCCUUGACAAUAUUGUAGAGUGGUGAACACAUUAAAAGAUUUUGUGACGAAAGCUUUCAUAAUCAAUGUGGAUCACUUGGGCUCCAUGACCUAUAAGGUCAACUGUCUCCUGGAUGACAAGAUUGAGGAAGCAUCUGCGGUUGAGCUCAUAUUAUCUUGCGUUCGACAGUUGUGCAAUAUAAUUAGGUUUUCCUUGUUUCGUAGUGUUUAGGAUGGGAAGGGCUUGCAUACCCUCUGAUUUACCAUGUGCAGGGUCUAAUAGAUUGCAACUGAUCAAGAAGAAUCAAGUUUUUCAAAAUGUGAAAUUACUCCAGAUAAACUCCAUAAUGUGCAGAUUAUAUCAUAUUGUGGUGGUUUGCACUGGUAUUUGCAUACUUUGAAGAUUGGUUAUUUUAUGCUGAUGGCAUACCAUCCCUUUUGCUCUUUUUGAGAAAUUUGAUAUUUAUUUUUCGUAAUCAUAUCCAUUUCUUUGUUGAAUACAAUUUUGUAUUUGAUCAGUAGUAUAUUUUCCUUGGUUUACCUGCUUGGAAGAACCAGAAACUGAAAUCAGUCUAGUCACAUGGAGAUGGACAACUUGGCGAAUGUAUACGUCGUUCUUAAUCAGUCUAACCCUAUGAAUAGGCCUAGAUACAAUUAGGUUUAAUCUGUUAUGGUAGAAUCGAAUAUAUGCACACUUGGUGACAUCAAUUGUCUCCGUUGGUCAAAGAGUUGCAAAGCAUCGACAUAAGAAGGCCAACUAGGGUUGCUUGAAUAGCCACCAGCUGUGGGCUUGUGCUUGCUCCUGAUUGAUGGUAUUCCGAAGAGACGGCAUAGGACAAUCAUAUAAGGAAUUUUUUUUCCCCUUAUUUUUUCUAGACUCCGGAUUGAGCUCUGUGAACAUGUGAUUUUGCUUUCUACGUUUGCUGCAUAACACUCUCAAGACUGAGCAGAGUCAAUGAAUCUGGGGUUUGCAAUUUGAUAGUCUUGAGUGAUCCAUGAUGUAGCCUUUGCAUGGCAAAAUCGUUGCUAAGUGCUGUUGCCCCUCUCUGAUAAAUGAUGUCCCUCCUGUUGCGAAAGAAACAAUGAAAGUCAUCAUUAGUCUGCUUAAUUGAUACUUCUGAUGGAUUGAGAAAGAGCACGAGGAAGAAUUUAAUGAGCGGGUAUGCAACAAUGGUCCACCUCUUCUGAAUCAUGGCAUUAUGAUGAAUUAACUCCUUGCUGUUAGGAUGUGACCAUCAUUGAUGGAUCUCAUCAUAUCUUAUGACGAUGUAAUACUGAACAUUUGAGGAAUUCCCAACCACCCAAAUGUUUCCAAUUUAUUAAUACUUAUUUUCUUAUUUAUUCCUUCCUUUUUUUUUUUUAAAAAUUAUGUUGGCUUUUCUUGUUUCUUUUCAGUAGGCCCUUCUGCUCCACAAUGCAUGUUUUGUUUCCACCUUUACAAUGUAGUCUUACCUGAUCUUCAAGAUGACGAUACUAAUAAAAAGCUGACAAGUGCAAAGACUUUGCCACCUCACUUUUCAUUGGGUUCGCAGUAUCUUUUGCAAAACUGCACUUUCAUUGGAUUUGCAUGCACGGUGGACCGCGGCGAAUGCUUGAGACUUAUAUAGAAGCUGCACGACAUAAGUUAGAGUUGGUUUAUGGUGAGAAAGAUUAAAUGUCAUUCAGUUGCUGAAUUGAGUGUGGAAGCCUCGCAUCACCUGACUUCCUGAAGAACUCUUUAGUACUUAAUGAGCAUGCUGUUAUUAUAAGUGUGAAAAUGGAAGAUCAAGAUGAUUUUUUUUCAACUGAAGCCUUAUUAUACAAAUGCGGGUGGCCGUAUUCCACCAUCUCCUCAAGAGUACCCUAUUUUAGGUCUCAACCUGUUGAGACUCCUUGUACAGAAUGGAAUAGCUGAGUUCCCUACCAAACUUGAAUUGCUUUCAUGUGCCACCCUACAGAACCCUUGCAUCGAGCAUGCUGUUGAGUUGGAGCAAUCCUUCCUGGAAGGGGCCUAUAAUCGUGUUUUGAGUGCUAGGCAGACGGUGCCUCAUGAGACUUAUGUUUAUUUUAUGGACCUUCUGGCCAAGACAGUCAGAGAUGAAAUUGCUAGAUGUAGCAAGAAAGCAUAUGACUAUUUGUCAAUUAGUGAUGCAAGGCAAAUGUUGCUAUGCUUCUCUGACCAAGAACUUGCGGAAUAUGUCAAGGAGGUAAAAUUAAUGAGAGGACUUUAGCUGGAAUUCUCUAUUUGGAAUUCUAUUCUAAUUGACUAAUUAAGUCAGCAGGAUAAUAUACUCUCCUGCAUCAGUUCAGACCUUCGGAAGGUCUCAUAAAACCUCUUCUAUGGAGUUGCUAGUUUAUAUCCUUUUCAAUGAUUAUGAUAAUUUAUCCUAUUCUGGGAUCAUAGACAGAUAUAAAACUUACACUUGUCACAUCUACUUGUCAUUUGGCCCUUGCUGUCACUCUGCUGGGGUCAAACGUGGCUGGUGGGUUUAGAACUAAAACCUUGUGCUUGUAAAAGUGCUGACGUAGAUAGUAAACAGUAGAUUCAUAUCCAUGUAAAAAGCUGCAAUGUGGGGUUUAAACA